AUGGCGGACGCGGCCUCACCUCACCUCAAUGUAGAUAUCAAGACUCUUGACGGCACCAAGCUGCGCGGAUGGCUGUUUGCCGCCGCCUCGCGUGGCCCGGCCAUGAUCAUGACGCCAGGGUUCAACUUUCCCAAGGAGGCCAACCUGCCCGACAUCGCGAGGUGGUUCCAGGAACACGGCGUCACCACGCUUCUCUAUGAUCCGCGCGGCAUCGGCGCGAGCGAAGGAGAGCCCAGAAAUGAGAUCGACCCUCGGCAGCAGAUCGAAGACCUCCACGACGCCGUGACCUGGAUCAAGGAACACCCCCUGGUCGACGAGACCAAGAUUGCACUGUGGGGUUUGUGUUGGGGAGGAAACGUCACCCUUGCAGCGACGGCCUUCGAGUACGUGUGGACAGCCAUCCGGUCUUCGGACGAAAGAUCCGCCCAGAAGCUAACCCCAACUUCCCACUCCAGCAAGCGCGUGGCCGCCACCAUCGCGAUGGCGCCCAUGAUCAACACGGACGGCAGCGCGGAGCGGCGCAAGCCGCUCCUCGAGCUGGCCAUCCACGACCGGGCGAGCCGGCUGCAGACGGCCGAGGAGAGCCCCAUGUACCUGCCGUACAUCGACGAGGACGGCAAGAUGCCCAACGGGCAGGAGAUGGCGCCCGAGAUUGUGCCCGCGCUCGACCGGCUCGGCAUCGCGCUCGAGAACCGCAUCUCGGUCCAGACGUAUUACAAGGUGCUGGGCUGGAGCCUGUUGCAUGUUGUCAAGUACGUUGCUCCCACGCCGGCGAUGAUGGUCGCGCCCGAGCUGGAUGAGACCAGUCCCCUGGAUGAUCAGCUGCAUUGCUUCACCCAGAUGGGGUACCCCAAGGAGUUGGAUAUCUUGAAGGGGAGUGGCCAUUUGGAUUGGAUGUUCAAGGAUUUGGAGCAGAUUCUGCAGAGGCAGUUUGACUUUUUGAAGAAGCACAUGGCGUUCUGA